GCCACUCAUACCCCCGCGGUCACCAUGGGGAACAAGCAGACCAUCUUCACUGAAGAGCAGCUCGACAACUACCAGGACUGCACUUUCUUCAAUAAGAAGGACAUCCUCAACAGAGGCCCACUUCACUGACCCCUGCAGCCCUGUCAGGCCAGCCCCUCUCCACUGCUCACAUCUCAAUGAGGUCCAGAGAUGAUAAGGAACAAAGACGACCAGCAAUGUCCAGCAGGCUUCAUGCACGGUUCUAUGAGCUGGCUCCCAACCUCGUCCCGAUGGACUACAGGAAGAGUCCCAUCGUCCAUGUGCCCAUGAGCCUCAUCAUUCAGAUGCCAGAGCUCCGGGAGAAUCCCUUCAAGGAGAGGAUUGUGGAGGCUUUCUCUGAGGAUGGUGAGGGGAACCUCACCUUCAAUGACUUUGUGGACAUGUUCUCUGUGCUCUGUGAGUCGGCGCCUCGGGAGCUCAAGGCGAACUAUGCCUUCAAGAUUUAUGACUUCAACACUGACAAUUUCAUCUGUAAGGAAGACUUAGAGCUCACGCUGGCCCGGCUCACCAAGUCAGAGCUGGAUGAGGAUGAGGUAGUGCUUGUGUGUGACAAAGUCAUUGAAGAAGCUGACCUGGACGGCGAUGGCAAGCUGGGCUUUGCUGACUUUGAGGACAUGAUCGCCAAGGCCCCUGAUUUUCUCAGCACUUUUCACAUCCGAAUCUGAGGACACGGCCCAGGCUGUGGGGCCUAGAGCUCCAUCCUCGGGCCUGCCGUCUGUGCAGGUAUGGUUUCCAAGUGCUCCAGGAAAGGAGCUGUGGCCUCUCGGGUUCUCACACAUGGACAUUUCCUGUGGCCCUUUCAGCAAAAAAAAGAAAAAGAAAAAAAGAAAGAAAGAAAGAAAGAAAGAGAGAAAGAAAGGAAGGAAGAAAGAGAGAAAGAAAGAAAAAACCUAACUGCAACGGGGUGUGAAGAGCAGCAGUCCCUUCCCUGGGCCCCCAGUGGUCUACCCUCAAGAUCUGCAGUCCCCUGUGGGCCCUCUCACCCACCUCCUUGCCCAGUUCUUUCUCACCUAGGAGGGGAAGGUGGAAAAACCCAGCAGGAGGGGUGAGGGUGGAUUUAUCCAUGUGCUGGACAGACACCCAAGUCACCCAGGGAUAAGUGCAAAAAAACAAAGAAAACAGAAAACAGAGCCUGGGGUUUUAAUAAGCUAUGCAAUCUUUUACCAAAGCCAAGGCUGGGCUGUAACCCCUCCCACACCCCCUCCCCCAUACUUCCCCAGUGGGAAGCUGUAUAAGCAGUUAGGUACAAAGGGCUCCGCCCCUGUGUCUUGAACACAACUCCACCCCACCUCCCCGAUGACAUGGUAUCACUGAUGUGUGCUGACCUCAGAUUUGUGAACUCCUAGAAAUAAAGCACUUUUGUGUCCUGCA